AUGAUGGAUUUCAACCCAGAUAUUUACAUCAGCUUUCAGGGCGAGCGUAAAAACUUUGCUUCGAAGGUCUUUCUCCACGUUCACGAAGUAACUUCCGAGGAAAUUAAAAAAUCGAACUGUACAAAGAGUUACCAGACACCCGCCCACCAACUAUCCAAAGUACAGUAACUGUGUGGCAAAGAGGGUCAUCGUUGAUUAGGGCGGCAAACCGCUAUCACGGUCCUCAAGACCUUUCCAGACGUUUUUCUGAAAAGUACCUUGUGAAUUCCCGCAGGAAACGCGAUGCCUCACCGCCUUUGCACGCUGCUAAACCUGAUAAAAUGGCACUGUACUCUUGCCUGUUUUUUUCAGGGAGUGGUCCCUUCUAAGAACCACUCUUGCGGGCGGACACUAACCCAACAUACUUAAUGACUAGCCCGGAGUGCUGGGAGGAGCCGCCCUAGGACGCGCUCACACGCCGUCCUAUCGAUCCGCCCACACGGCGUGCGCGUGUUGAUAUUGCACCAGCCACCGACAGGAUUGGAGGGAUGCCCAGCCACUCAGAUGAGUCAGAAGUCCAGUCGACACGCUAACAACUCAAGGCCAUGAUCUGAUUGGACGGUUCGUGAAAAUUUCUGUGUUGGUAGAGGGGCGCUCACCGAUCGUCCUUACGGGAAUCGCUAGUUCCUUUGUGCCUUACAGGCUCCCUCUCGAGCCCAACCAGUAGUCGAACAGCGGCUCAUGAUAUAGGCAGACAUAGGCACUGGCUGAAAGCCCCAAACACGUGUUUUAUCUAUAUUCUACCGCUGCAUGACACAGCUGCGAGGGGCUCGGCUCCUCAGUGGGCUAAUAUCCAUCUCAUCUACUGUGCAAGCACUGUGAAAUAAUUCACUCGCGCGUCGCCAUCCCGCGUCUACCGUGCCGUGGGGCACACAGCGGACAUUGCUGCACGCGACGGUCGAAAUGCCAGCGGCGUCAAGGCGAAUGCCGAUGAGAUCAGGUGUGGUGACUGAUUCAGUGUGAAGCCUGGGUCCAACGCAUCCCACAGGCAUCCGUGGUUUGUUUGGACUAAAUGCGGUAAAUAGGUUCGGUUUGAGGGCCCGAACACACACAAAUACACACGGAACACCUACAAAACAACCGUCGAAUCUGUACACGUCUGGGAUUGAACCAUGAACCUUAGCCCCAUGGCUAACGCCGUGCGCCUAACAGUCUCGAACCUAAUGCAUGUAGCUUCGUUAGGAAUGAUGUAAUAGAGUGUUCAGUGGUCGCUUAACAACAGACGGAUUUCAGAAAGACAGGCUCUUUAGGGUUUGAAGCGGUACAUCAAGAGACAGCUACAGGGCAGACAACAGACCGCCUUGAGCGGAGCCUCUGAGUUGACCUUGAAGUUAACCGCUUGGUUCGGAUGGCUGUGCUUGGCCGAAAACCAGACUGGCACUGGUACGCGACUGCAAGUGCGCGUUAGAGGCGCGGUGUUGCAGUUGACGCCCACCUUCAACGACUGGAAAAUCAUCACGUGCACAGUUCUCAUCAUAUCACACCUGGGUAGUGGAUUUGGUGCGUUGACUGUCGGUGCCGACUCUCAGUGCCGCACCUGUCCCCCUUGACCGCGGCGACAAUUGGCGGCCCCGACGGUUCCACGCCUACACAACCUCUUAGCGGAGGGCUUGGUCCAGCCAGGCACGGAGCAGGUGGCUGUUGACUGAGCGGUCAGCUGACAUGCGGGUUUUUUGCACCUGCUGUGAUGUGUGAUCGUCACCUAGUUUCCCAGUCCCAACGGCGUGAAAGUUGAAGAGGUGAGCAGUCUGCGAGGUCAUGUACACAAUUUUCAAGGUCCUGAGGCUGGCUAGCCGAAAUCCCAGCAUGAAACUUCUCUCCGCAUUAUGGUUCGCUACUACUACUACUACUACUACUACUACUACUACUACUACUACUACUACUACUACUACUACUACUACUACUACUACUACUACUACUACUACUACUACUACUACUACUACUACUACUACUACUACUACUACUACUACUACUACUACUACUACUACUACUCCUGA